AUGGAACACAGCCAGGAGCAGGGGGAAACGCCACAACCGGUGGUAGCGCUGGCGAGGAUGCUGGAGGGGAUGGCGGCGAUGCAGGAGAGGCAGGCGGCGAUGCACGCCGAACAGCUGGAGGCUCUGCGGGCGCAAACUUCCCUCCAGACCCAGGCUCUACUGCAGCUGGCGGCUGCGGGAGAAACCAGCUCCCGAGAGAGACAGACCGGACCCCCCGUGGCUCUCCAUCUACCAAAAAUGACCCCGGAGGACGACGCGGAGGCGUUCCUUGAGGGGUUUGAGGUGGCCGCGAGGGCAAGUAAAUGGCCGGAGGAGGAGUGGGUCGUCCGCCUCCUGCCCCUCUUGACUGGGGAAGCACAACGGGCGGCACACAGCUUACCCCCCACAGCGCGGACGAUCUACGGCAACCUAAAGAAGGCGGUCCUGGACCGUCUGGGAUACAGCCCGGAAGAACACCGGCGACGGUUCAGGGAGACGGCCCUGGCCAGAGAGGACCGACCGUUCGCAUACGCGCAGAGACUGCUGGACAUGGCGCGUCGGUGGCUGCGACCAGAACUCCGGUCAGCAGACGAGGUAGUGGAGCUGGUGGCCCUCGAACGCUUUAUCGAUGGCCUCCCGGCGGAGACGGCGAAUUGGGUGAGGUGCCAUCGGCCGACCGGGUUGGCGGCCGCCGUCACCCUGGCGGAGGACCACCUGGCGCUCUACCCCCGCGGCCAGUCACAGCAGCAGCAGCAGCAGCAAGGACGGGCAGACACGGCUCCGCGCAGGAGAGCCCUUCCUCCCCCAGGCUCAGUGGCGGCGGGAUACGACCCACAGAGAGCUCCUCAGACGCCCGGACCGGGGUGUUGGCAGUGCGGACAACCGGGUCACCUGCGCCGCGAGUGCCCGCUCAUGGAGGUGGGGCAGGUGGUUCGUGUUGUCGGCCCGCCCACCUCCGCUCCCGAUCCAGACGGAGCGUACUGUAUUCCGGCACUGAUUGGCCAGGGUUCCGCCAGGCAGCUGGUAAGCGGUGACGCGGGGUCGUCCGACGCAGCAGAGGGGGAGCCGGCACCAGUGGAGCCUCAGGGGGAGACUCUGCAGGUGCCGGUGUUUCGCCCCAUGGAGGAUUUCCCACUCGAGCAGUCUCGUGAUGACACCCUACGCUUUGCCUUUGACCGCGUGAUGUCCAUUGAUGGUCAACAG